CGGACACUCCAGUACCAGCCCAGUUCUGUGGUGAGGUAAAAGGUUGACGUUGAGUUGUGAUUUAUAUAUAUUUUUCCUUUUUUAUAUAUAUCUAUUUGAAUCUGAAAGUACUGCUGUUAAUUGUCACCACAAUAGGGGCAUUCCUCCUGUCUUGUGGGCUGAUAGAGGGAAAGAAAGGUUAGUAUUUCUAUAGUUAGAGAGCCAUCGUGUACAUUAAACUUCAAUCCUCAUCAGUCUUGGUCACAAAAGACAUCUAACAAGGCAGGUAAAAGCAUACUUAUAAAUUUAAGUACAGGAAUUAAAUGUACUAGUAGUUAAAGACCUAGAUCUUGAAGCUCUAGUCGUCCAAGAUACAGUUAACAUCUUUGUACCCCCUACACUGUAGUGAAAUUUCCCGCUACAUAAAAUUGGCGUCACGAACAGGAUCGUUCUUAGCCUGAUCUCUGUAUUAUUGUGUUAUUAGUAUUCUGUCCCAGGUCUGUGAGCAAGAAGAAAAUGGCAGAACUGGAGGAGUUGAAGAGGGAGUUUGCUGAGAUGCAAAGGAGGUUAGCGGAGCAAGCUGGAGCUUUGGAUCAUGCCAGAUCGGAACAGCGAGAAGCUUUGUCAUUGGCAAAAGCUGUAAUAGAGCAGCAAGCCUCCACUCGUGCUACCCCAGCAACAAUUUACGUUCCAAGAGAGCACAAACUCGCUGACUUCACUGGUUCCACCAAGCCUGGAGACGGAGGAGUAGAGGAGUGGAUUCUUUCCAUGAAAUCAGCGUUCCGUGUGAUGAAAGUACCAGAGGAAGAUCAGGUGGAGCUGAUUAAACCGCAUUUAAAAGGAGAAGCUAGAGAUACCGUGAGGUUCAUGCUGACGGAGGGGGAUAACAGUGUGGAGUCUAUCUUCAAACUGUUACAAGAAACCUAUGGAGACAAGGUUCCUAUCGGCACAAGAUUAAAGGACUUUUAUGAUCGGAAGCAAGCACCUGCUGAAACUAUACGUGCUUACGCUUAUGACUUACGAGAAAGACUUUACAAGGUGAAGCGCAGAGAGCCUGGUCGCGUUCCAGAUGAAGAGGGUGUUCUGAAGGAGCAGUUGGUCCUGGGAUUAAGGGAUGAUUUAUUAAGGAGAGAAAUGAAGCGAAGGAUCAAGGAAGAGCAAAGUCUGACUUUUGCACAGUUGAUGCAGGACGCAAUCACCUGGUCUGAGGAGGAGGAGGCACAGCCAGAAAGUAUUUUAAAACCCCCAGUGCGUGCAAAGGCUGCAGUUCACACUACUGUGGCGACUGGCGACACUUCAUCUCCGCUGACAUUGGAGAAAUUGCCGACGCAAUAG